AUGGCGACGGCGAGCCCGCGCGUGGCGCUGGACCUCGACGGCGUCGUGCUUGAUCGCCUGUGGCUCGAGGGCUCCGGCCAGGACACGGCCACGGGGGAGGCCGUCGUCGAGGUGAAGCUUGGGCUGAGGCUGCCCCUACGGGGGCUGAUCGAGGCGCUGACCGAGCUGCAGCGGGCACACCCGAGGACCCAGCCAGACAGCCCACCCCCGCGGGCAAAGCUGCCCGAGCAGCCCUUCGUGGUCAGCAAGACCUUCGUCGAGCACGACCAGCCAGACAGCCCGCAGCGCACCGCCCUCCUGCGGACCUCCACCGCGCCCCCGGAGCUCCGCGAGCGGCCCGGCCGGCCUCGCCGGGGGCGUCGCCUGGGCGCGGUGGAGGAGGAGCUGGAGUCGGAGGACGCUGUGGGCCACUCCGCGGGCGCUGCCGGCAUCGGCUGCCGCACGGCCACCUUCGACCCCAUGGAGCACGACGCGGACGACGCCGCAGAGCGCCCCGCGUGGGAGCCGCCGGAAGGAGCGGGCGACCCUGUGUACCCGACGCAAGCGCAAAACGAGCUGGCGUACACCGGGAUCCCGCCGAUGUACCCUUUCGUGCCGGUGCCAGUGCCAGUGCCAGUGCCAGCCGAUGCCUGCCACAACUGGUUUCCACACUGGCAGCAGCCCGACCAGCCGGCGUUGCCGACCACGCGGCCCUUGGGGACGUUGGCCACAGACAGAGAGGAGUCGCCCGCGAGACCCCGGAAGCCGGAGAUGGAGAGCCUGCUGGACGACACGGGUCUGCUCCGCGUCAUCGCCGACCUCGAGGAAGAUCGAGAGGAGCACGGACCAGUCCCUGGUCUCCCCGAAAAUCCAGCUCGCCAUCGGUGA